CUGGAUGGUAACGGCCACCAGUUAGGUCGUUAGCUAACCAAAAACCCGUCAACAGAAAAACCUUUUACUUACUUCCUUGUUAUAUAUUUCUACUUAUUCUUUCAAUAAUUUUUAAAAAAUAAAAUAAAAUAAAAUUGAAACUAAAAGAGAGAGAAAACUACGAUUACAGAUUACUAUACUCUGCUCUCGUUGUCAACAACACCUUACUUUAAUUCAACGAUCUCUUUCCUCUUCUUCUUCUACUUGUUGUUUGCUUUUGCUCGUUAUAGAUCUUACCGUCUGCUAACAAUGUCACUUGCUGCCACAUGUCCAGCCGUUGGAUCAUUUUACCUGUCGCGAUCCCCCAGGGGCACGCCUCGCUUCAAAAUGGCCGUCCGAUCUGGUGCCCUUUCCGUGGCUCCGAUCUUGACCAACUUACAGAAGGACUGCGCCACUCCUUUGCCAGUGCUCCGCCACGUGGCCGAUGCCAUGGAGGCUGAUAUGCUAGCUGGGCUAGCCGUCGACGGUGGAAGCGACCUCAAGAUGAUCCUCAGCUAUGUUGAUAGUCUCCCUAGCGGGAACGAGAAAGGUUUGUUUUAUGCAUUGGAUCUCGGAGGCACAAACUUCAGGGUGCUGAGAGUGCAAUUAGGUGGGAAAGAAGAGCGCGUCAUCGCCACUGAAUUCGAGCAAGUAUCUAUCCCUCAAGAUCUCAUGUUUGGCACCUCUGAGAAACUUUUCGAUUUCAUUGCUUCUGGACUGGCCGAAUUUGCUCUAAAGGAGGGUGGGAAAUUUCACCUGCCACCUGGUAGAUUAAGGGAGAUUGGAUUCACAUUUUCAUUUCCUGUGAAACAGACUUCCAUCGACUCUGGAAUCCUGAUAAAGUGGACCAAAGGUUUUGCAGUCUCUGGAACGGCAGGAAGAGAUGUUGUCGCUUGUCUGAACGAAGCUAUGAAAAGGCAAGGAGUAAAUAUGCGAGUGUCUGCCCUGGUUAAUGAUGCUGUGGGAACACUAGCUGGGGCAAGAUAUUGGGACAAUGAUAUCAUGGUUGCUGUCAUUUUGGGUACCGGAACCAAUGCUUGCUAUGUGGAACGUUUGGAUGCUAUUCCAAAGCUACAGGGUCAGAUUUCCUCCAAUGGAAAAACGAUUAUAAAUACUGAGUGGGGAGCAUUCUCAACUGGUCUUCCUCUAACCGUGUAUGAUAGAGAAAUGGAUGACGCCAGUAUCAACCCUGGUGAGCAGAUUUUUGAGAAAACAAUAUCAGGAAUGUAUCUCGGUGAAAUUGUACGAAGAGUGCUGCUGAAGAUGGCCAAAGACGGUGAUUUGUUUGGUUCAUCUUUCCCAGAGAAAUUGGCAACACCAUUUGUACUCAGCACCCCGGAUAUUUGUGCCAUGCAGCAGGAUAACUCCAGUGAUCUUCAAGCAGUUGGAUCAAUCCUUUAUGAUGUAGCUGGGGUGGAGGCAAACUUAAGGGCAAGGAAGAUUGUCGUGGAGGUAUGCGACACCAUUGUGAAACGAGGUGGGCGGCUAGCAGGUGCUGGAAUUGUGGGGAUUCUGCAAAAGAUGGAAGAGGAUUCAAAAGGACUCAUCUUUGGAAAGAGGACAGUGGUGGCUAUGGAUGGAGGGUUGUAUGAAAAUUACCCUCAGUACAGAGGAUACUUACAAGAUGCGGUAACAGAGCUUCUAGGAUCAGAUAUCUCAAAGAACGUGGUUAUAGAGCAUUCAAAAGAUGGAUCAGGUAUAGGAGCUGCUCUAUUGGCUGCUGCAAACUCCAAGUAUGAGCAUGACUUUUAAACGCACCUAAUAUAAAUUAUCUUGUAAUUAAUCUCUUUUUUGGUCAAAGUAUAGUAGUUGAUUUUGUAAUUUAAUUGGACUCUCGGCGUUGGUUUAGAAAAUAGGAGUGGACAAACAUAAUGUAGCGUCUGGCCGUCUGCGAUUUGUAGAGAAGUAGAUAUAUAUUAGAUGAUUACAUCUUGUUCAUGUGCCAUAUCGGAAUAUGGUGCAUUUUUUGUUAUUUUAUUUCAUUCCUUGUGCCACGAGAGAACAGUUUCAGUUGCCAAUCAAUUAGUCAAAACUUAAAUUUCUAUAAU